AAGAUAGGUAGAGAGACGAGAGGGAAUGAAAGGGCAUGAGCGAGGGGCGCCAUUUUUCAGGCGUAGGUUUUGUAGUUUUUGUUCGGGCUCAACUGCCGCAAGGUGGAGCGUCGCUGGGGCAGAACAAGAGAGAGAUCGUCGAUGGAAUUACAGGAGAGUCCGUGAUUUCGUUGCUGGGACGACAGAGCUUCCGACUGGGAAUGGCCGAUCUGGCUGUAACCGGCCGUUUUACGGUCAGGAGGUGAACCGCCGGAUAGAUGAUGAUUGGAGGAGAUGGAAUCCUCGCAGAGAUAUUGGAGCUUCCUCGAGAAGAUCGACAAAUGAAGAGCAAAGGCGAUUUGAUAUUCUUCAGGCAAUGGAAGGAAGGCCAUGGAAUGGACAAUCCCGAUUUCAAGCAACGAAGGGAAUCAGUGAGCUUCAGGCAACGGAGGGUGAUCAUAGGAGCUGAUGUGGAAGUCUUUGACGAGGCGAUUAUUGAUAAUUUUCGUGAUGAGGAGGGAGUUAUUGAUACUAUUCCUCUCCAGGUUUCUUUUCCAAAUCAGAAUAAGAUCAUUAUUUUUUCAGAGGGUGUUUCUCAAUCUAAAGAUAUUGAUAGUAUCCUUGAAACUACUUCUCUUCGAGUUUCUUAUUCACCUCACUCCAAACUAUUAGUGGGUGGAUUAGUUUCUCCUCAGACGGCAGUUUUGGAACCUAAUGCUUCGGGUGGUAACAAUCUUGAAGUUACGCCUGUUCAACUGUCACUUUAUGAUCGUGAGCUACUUGACCGCGUUGCUGAUACUGAAUGGGACUCAGCCAGUUCUAGAUUGCUACCUCGACGCAGUGCCCGUCUCAAGGCUAAAAAAUUGGCUGAAACAUAGGGCCAUUUCUGCUUACUGGAUUAGCUUUUGGAUAUUUUGGGGGCUUCAUAUCUUUCGGGUAACUCAGUACAUCUCGACGGGGAGCUAAGCAUUUUACUUUAGGGAAUUGCACGGCCUUUUUGGAUUAUUCACUCAUUUGCGUUCUUGUUUCUUUUUUCAUAUUUUUGUACUCUUCUUAUUUACUUUUAAUAAAAUUCUGGUUAUUCUAUAAAAA